GGGGGGCGGCGCUGCGCUGCGCCGUGCUGCGCUCCAGCCGGGACCCGGCCGGGGCCGCUGGAUGCCGCGUCUCCGCUCCUGCUGCCUGCCGGGCGGGCUCCGGCGGCCGCUGCAAGGUGGGGUCCAAAGACGCUGCGUUAACCACCCGUAAUCCGCUGGGGGUACACCCCCUAAAAACAGCACACCCACCAUGUUUAACCUCAUGAAGAAAGAUAAGGACAAAGAUGGCGGGCGGAAGGAGAAGAAGGAGAAAAAGGAGAAGAAAGAGCGGAUGUCAGCCGCAGAACUGAGGAGCCUCGAAGAGAUGAGCAUGCGCCGUGGCUUCUUCAACCUGAACCGGUCCUCCAAGCGUGAAUCCAAGACGCGCCUGGAAAUCUCCAACCCCAUCCCUAUCAAGGUGGCCAGCGGCUCUGACCUGCACCUGACUGACAUUGACUCUGACAGCAAUCGGGGCAGCAUCAUCCUGGACUCAGGCCACCUAAGUACAGCCAGCUCCAGUGAUGACCUCAAGGGUGAGGAAGGCAGCUUCCGGGGCUCUGUGCUGCAGCGGGCAGCCAAGUUCGGCUCACUGGCCAAGCAGAACUCUCAGAUGAUUGUCAAACGUUUUUCUUUCUCCCAGCGGAGCCGGGAUGAGAGUGCUUCAGAGACCUCCACCCCCUCAGAGCACUCUGCAGCCCCAUCACCUCAGGUAGAGGUGAGGACGCUUGAGGGACAGCUAAUGCAACAUCCUGGCCUAGGCGUCUCUCGACCGGGACCACGAUCUCGGGUCCCUGAGCUGGUCACUAAAAGAUUCCCAGCUGACCUACGUCUCCCUGCUGUGGUUCCCCCGCCACCUCCUGCUCUCCGGGAGCUGGAGUUGCAACGAAGACCCACAGGAGACUUUGGCUUCUCACUUCGGCGCACAACCAUGCUGGACCGGGCCCCUGAGGGUCAGGCCUAUCGGCGGGUGGUUCACUUUGCUGAGCCAGGUGCAGGCACCAAGGACCUGGCCUUGGGGCUAGUGCCAGGAGAUCGACUGGUGGAGAUUAACGGACAGAAUGUGGAGAAUAAGUCCAGGGAUGAAAUUGUGGAGAUGAUCCGGCAGUCUGGGGACAGUGUACGGCUCAAAGUACAGCCCAUCCCAGAGCUUAGUGAGCUGAGCAGGAGCUGGCUGCGGACUGGGGAAGGACACCGCAGGGAGACGGCUGAUCUAGAGAGCAGCACUAAGGACAGCCGUGGUCCACCUAGAAGUCCCCAGCCUGCCACCAGCCUGCCACCCUCAGAGACUUCCCAGAGAGCAAAGAGCCCGGAAACCACAUUCACUAUGAAUGGCCUGGGGGCUGCCUCAGCCGAAGGCCCAAAUGAAGAGGCCCAAGGUCUGUCCCGGAACCGGGUGGCCAAUGCUGUGAGGAAGGUGGUGGGCAAGGUGCUGCCUGGUGAGGAGCCUGGCAAUGCCAAGGAGCCUCCAGGCCGAGGAACCAAGUCCCCUGAGCACCCACCACGAGGCAAGAAGGGAGAAAAGGCAGCCUCUAGCCCCAAGCCCCCGCCACCACCACCUCCUCCUCCUGCUCCACCAAAGCCUGAAACAAAGAAGGAGGCUGUCAAGGACGAGCUGUCUGUGGGCCUGCGCAGUCUGAUGUCUCGGGGCCGAGGCAAGGACCACAAGUCCCGCAGCAAGCAGCCUCCUGGGAGAGGAGAGAAGGCCCCCAGCCAGGAGCCAGGCCCCUCUGGAAAGCCAGGCUCCCCAGAUGUGGUGGAUGCUCCAAAGAAAGCAGGAUCCCCAGCCAAGCCUGAGACCCCAAAUAAGCAGUCCUCCGCAGCCCCAGCACAAGGGCUGUCUGACCCAAAUUCUGCUGACCUGAAGUCGAACCACUCUGGAGAGCAGCAGGCCAACUUGCCAGACUCCAGUGUGCGGCAGGAGACAGGAGCUGACCCUGAGGUCCGGCUGAGUCCCGCAGAGGAGGCACACCAGCGACUUGAGAGGAUCUUCACAGCUUCUCUGGACCCUGAGGCCGCCUCUCCUGCCCACAGCCAGGUAGGGUGCUCCUGCCCCACCCAGGAGCCCUCUGCCUUCUCCGGUGACAACCCACCACCCCCACCUUACACCUGGGCUGGCGUCUGUGCUCGGGCCUCCUGCUGGAGUGCCAAGACGGAAGAGCAGAUUGCAGCCGAAGAGGCCUGGUAUGAGACGGAGAAGGUGUGGCUGGUCCAUAGGGAUGGCUUCUCCUUGGCCAGCCAGCUCAAGUCGGAGGAGCUCAGCCUACCUGAGGGGAAGGUGCGUGUGAAGCUGGACCACGAUGGAGCCAUCCUGGAUGUGGAUGAAGACGACAUAGAGAAGGCUAAUGCUCCCUCGUGUGAUCGCCUAGAAGAUCUAGCCUCACUGGUGUAUCUCAACGAGUCUAGCGUCCUGCACACACUGCGCCAGCGUUAUGGGGCUAGCCUGCUACACACCUACGCUGGCCCUAGCUUGCUUGUCCUUAGCCCCCGAGGUGCCCCUGCUGUGUAUUCAGAGAAGGUGAUGCACAUGUUCAAGGGGUGUCGGCGGGAGGACAUGGCACCCCACAUCUAUGCCGUGGCCCAAACUGCAUAUCGGGCAAUGCUGAUGAGCCGCCAGGACCAGUCCAUUGUCCUUCUGGGUAGCAGUGGUAGUGGCAAGACCACCAGCUUUCAGCAUCUGGUGCAGUAUCUGGCCACCAUUGCCGGCACCAGUGGGAGCAAGGUGUUUUCUGUGGAGAAGUGGCAGGCCCUGUACACCAUCCUGGAAGCCUUCGGGAACAGCCCAACCAUCAUGAAUGGCAGUGCCACCCGCUUCUCCCAGAUUCUCUCCCUGGACUUUGACCAAGCUGGCCAGGUGGCCUCAGCAUCCAUUCAGACGAUGCUCCUGGAGAAGCUGCGGGUGGCCCGACGCCCGGCCAGCGAGGCCACGUUCAACGUCUUCUACUACUUGCUGGCCUGUGGUGACAGCACGCUCAGGACAGAGCUUCACCUGAACCACUUGGCCGAGAACAAUGUGUUUGGAAUUGUGCCAUUGGCCAAGCCCGAGGAGAAGCAGAAAGCUGCUCAGCAGUUCAGUAAGCUACAGGCGGCCAUGAAGGUGCUGGCCAUCUCCCCCGAGGAACAGAAGGCCUGUUGGCUCAUACUGGCUUCCAUCUACCACCUGGGUGCGGCUGGAGCUACCAAAGCUGGACGCAAGCAAUUUGCCCGCCACGAGUGGGCCCAGAAAGCUGCAUACCUGCUGGGCUGCAGCCUGGAAGAGCUAUCCUCGGCUAUUUUUAAGCACCAACUUAAAGGUGGUACCCUGCAACGUUCCACCUCCUUCCGCCAGGGCCCCGAGGAGAGCGGCCUGGGAGAGGGCCCAGGCCCCAAACUGAGUGCCAUGGAGUGCUUAGAGGGCAUGGCAUCUGGCCUCUACAGUGAGCUCUUUACCCUCCUCAUCUCCCUGGUAAACAGGGCUCUCAAGUCCAGCCAGCACUCGCUCUGUUCCAUGAUGAUUGUGGAUACGCCGGGCUUCCAGAACCCUGAGAGGGGCGGGUCAGCCCGUGGAGCUUCCUUCGAGGAGCUGUGCCACAACUAUGCCCAGGACAGGCUGCAGAGGCUGUUCCAUGAGCGCACCUUCCUUCAGGAGUUGGAAAGAUACAAGGAGGAGAACAUCGAACUGGUGUUUGAUGACUUGGAGCCAGCUGCAGAUGACUCGGUGGCUGCUGUGGACCAAACUUCCCACCAGUCCCUGGUCCGCUCACUGGCCCAUGCUGAUGAGGCAAGGGGACUACUAUGGCUGCUGGAAGAGGAGGCGCUGGUGCCGGGUGCCACCGAGGAUGCUCUCCUCGACCGUCUUUUCUCCUAUUAUGGCCCCCAGGAAGGUGACAAAAAAGGCCAGAGUCCUCUACUGCGCAGCAGCAAACCACGGCACUUUCUCCUGGGUCACAGCCACGGUACCAACUGGGUGGAGUACAAUGCGACUGGCUGGCUGAACUAUACCAAACAGAACCCAGCUACCCAGAAUGCAUCCCGGCUCCUGCAGGAUUCUCAGAAAAAGAUGAUCAGCAACUUGUUUCUAGGCCGGGCAGGCAGCGCCACAGUGCUCUCAGGCUCCAUCGCGGGCCUGGAGGGUGGCUCCCAGCUGGCCUUGCGCCGGGCGACUAGCAUGAGGAAAACCUUUACUACUGGCAUGGCAGCUGUCAAGAAGAAGUCACUGUGCAUACAGAUUAAGCUGCAAGUGGAUGCCCUCAUUGACACCAUCAAGAGGUCCAAGAUGCACUUUGUACACUGCUUCCUGCCUGUGGCUGAGGGCUUGCCCGGGGAACCCCGAGCUGCCUCUUCCCGCCGAGUUAGCAGCAGCAGUGAGCUGGACCUGCCCCCAGGAGACCCCUGUGAGGCUGGGCUGCUGCAACUGGAUGUGUCCCUACUUCGUGCCCAGCUUCGGGGAUCCCGCCUGCUUGAUGCAAUGCGCAUGUACCGCCAAGGUUACCCAGACCACAUGGUGUUUUCUGAGUUCCGCCGUCGCUUUGAUGUCCUUGCUCCACACCUGACCAAGAAGCAUGGGCGCAACUACAUUGUGGUGGAUGAGAAGCGGGCUGUGGAGGAGCUGUUAGAGUCCCUGGACCUGGAGAAGAGCAGCUGCUGCAUGGGCCUGAGUCGGGUGUUCUUCCGGGCAGGCACGUUGGCACGGCUGGAAGAGCAGCGAGAUGAGCAAACCAGCAGGCACCUGACCCUGUUCCAAGCGGCAUGCAGAGGCUAUCUCGCCCGCCAGCAUUUCAAGAAGAGAAAGAUCCAGGACCUGGCCAUCCGCUGUGUGCAGAAGAACAUCAAGAAGAACAAAGGGGUGAAGGAUUGGCCCUGGUGGAAGCUCUUCACCACUGUGCGGCCCCUCAUCCAAGUCCAGCUGUCAGAAGAACAGAUUCGCAACAAAGACGAGGAGAUCCAGCAGCUGCGCAGCAAGCUUGAGAAGGUGGAGAAAGAACGGAAUGAGCUUCGGCUCAACAGUGACCGGCUGGAGUCCCGGAUCUCAGAGCUGACAUCGGAGCUGACUGACGAGCGGAACACAGGAGAGUCCGCCUCCCAGCUGCUGGAUGCAGAGACAGCCGAGAGGCUUCGAGCCGAGAAGGAAAUGAAAGAGCUACAGACCCAGUAUGAUGCACUGAAGAAGCAGAUGGAAGUCAUGGAAAUGGAGGUGAUGGAGGCCAGGCUCAUUCGGGCAGCAGAGAUCAACGGGGAAGUGGAUGAUGACGAUGCAGGGGGAGAGUGGCGGCUGAAAUAUGAGCGCGCUGUUCGGGAGGUGGACUUCACCAAGAAGCGGUUCCAGCAGGAGUUGGAAGACAAAAUGGAGGUGGAGCAGCAAAGCAGGAGGCAGCUAGAGAGACGGCUUGGGGACCUGCAAGCAGACAGUGACGAGAGCCAGCGAGCCCUGCAGCAGCUCAAGAAGAAGUGCCAGCGACUCACAGCUGAACUGCAGGACACUAAGCUGCACCUGGAGGGCCAGCAGGUCCGAAACCAUGAGCUGGAGAAGAAGCAGAGGAGGUUUGACAGUGAGCUUUCCCAGGCACAGGAGGAGGCCCAGCGGGAGAAGCUGCAAAGGGAGAAGCUCCAGCGGGAGAAGGACAUGCUCCUGGCUGAGGCUUUCAGCCUGAAGCAGCAGCUGGAGGAAAAAGACAUGGACAUCGCCGGGUUUACCCAGAAGGUCGUCUCCUUGGAGGCUGAGCUCCAGGACAUUUCUUCUCAAGAGUCCAAGGAUGAGGCUUCUCUGGCCAAGGUCAAGAAGCAGCUCCGGGACUUGGAGGCCAAGGUCAAGGAUCAGGAAGAGGAGUUGGAUGAACAGGCGGGAAGCAUACAGAUGCUGGAGCAGGCCAAGCUGCGUCUGGAGAUGGAGAUGGAGCGGAUGCGACAGACCCAUUCCAAGGAGAUGGAGAGUCGGGAUGAGGAGGUGGAGGAGGCCCGGCAGUCAUGUCAGAAGAAGCUAAAGCAGAUGGAAGUGCAGCUUGAGGAGGAGUAUGAAGACAAGCAGAAGGCACUGCGGGAGAAGCGGGAGCUGGAGGGCAAGCUGUCCACACUCAGUGACCAGGUGAACCAGCGGGACUUUGAAUCAGAGAAGCGGUUGCGGAAAGACCUGAAGCGUACCAAGGCGCUGCUGGCAGAUGCCCAGAUCAUGCUGGACCAUUUAAAGAACAACGCCCCCAGCAAGAGGGAGAUUGCCCAGCUAAAGAACCAGCUGGAAGAGUCGGAGUUCACCUGUGCAGCAGCUGUAAAAGCACGGAAGGCGAUGGAGGUGGAGAUGGAGGAUCUGCACCUGCAGAUUGAUGACAUCGCCAAAGCCAAAACAGCGUUGGAGGAGCAACUGAGUCGCCUUCAGCGUGAGAAAAAUGAGAUCCAGAACCGGCUGGAAGAGGAUCAGGAGGACAUGAAUGAGCUGAUGAAGAAGCACAAGGCAGCUGUGGCCCAGUCCUCUCGGGACAUGGCACAGAUGAAUGAUCUCCAAGCUCAGCUAGAAGAAUCCAACAAGGAGAAGCAAGAGCUACAAGAGAAGCUACAAGCCCUGCAGAGCCAGGUGGAGUUCCUAGAGCAGUCCAUGGUCGACAAGUCUCUCGUCAGCAGGCAGGAAGCGAAGAUCAGGGAGCUGGAAACACGCCUGGAGUUCGAAAAGACCCAAGCGAAGCGUCUGGAGGGCCUGGCCAAUAGGCUCAAGGAGAACAUGGAGAAGCUGACCGAGGAACGGGACCAGCGCGCUGCAGCUGAGAACCGUGAGAAGGAGCAGAACAAGAGGCUCCAGCGGCAGCUCCGGGACACCAAGGAGGAGAUGGGUGAACUUGCCAGGAAGGAAGCAGAGGCCAGCCGCAAGAAGCAUGAGCUGGAGAUGGACCUGGAGAGUCUGGAAGCCGCUAACCAAAGCCUGCAGGCUGACCUCAAGCUGGCAUUCAAGCGCAUUGGGGACUUGCAAGCCGCCAUUGAGGAUGAGAUGGAGAGCGAUGAGAAUGAGGACCUUAUCAACAGUUUGCAGGACAUGGUGACAAAAUAUCAGAAAAGAAAGAAUAAACUUGAGGGAGACUCCGAUGUGGACUCAGAGCUGGAGGACCGGGUCGACGGGGUCAAAUCUUGGUUGUCAAAGAACAAGGGACCUUCGAAGGCAGCUUCUGACGAUGGCAGCUUGAAGAGUUCCAGCCCAACCAGCCACUGGAAGUCCCUUGCCCCUGACCCAUCAGAUGAUGAACACGAUCCUGUGGACAGCACCUCCAGACCCCGAUUCUCCCACAAUGGUUUGAGUGACAGCGACACAGAGGCCAAGCCAACAGAGACCAAUGCAUAGCCCAGGAGUGGGUCAUGGCCCUCCCACCCCACAGCCUCUCCCAGGAAAUGGAGGGUUACCUCUGCCCCCGCCCGACUGCCGAUCUGCAUGGAAAACACCACAGCGCUCUGUAAGGAGGACUUUCCAGGCUGUGGGUGUCUGAUAGCUGCACGUGGAAGAGGUGGGGGAAGAGGAGUCUCUGCGAGAACUUCCACUUCCGCCUCAGAAAUGCCACGCUCUUGGCUCCUACUCUGGACCCUGUGGACCAUGUCAGGUGGCCUGGCACUUCAUGGAGCCAGCAGUGGACUUCCAUGUCAGCCUGCUGCUCAGGGAUGGUGGAUAGGUUACCUGCUGGGCCACUCCAAGUUGCUAGGCCCAUGGGAAAGAGUCAGGAGGGAGCAGCAAUGCCUCUCCUCUGCUGGGGUGAGGGCUUUCUCUUCUCAGUGCCUGCUGUCUUUUUACUGUUUAAUUUAAAUACCCAAACCUCCACGCAGCUGCAUCCUUGAGAGUGGGAGGGGCUGCUGUUGCAGCUGGGCCCUGUGGGAUGUCUUGGGAAUCUCCUCUCCAUCUUCACUCCUCCAGAGGUCCUUCCUCGUGCACCCUGCAGCCCUGCAGCCGGGCGGGCACACUGGUGAGCAGAGCUGGGGCCCUGGCUCUUAAGAGGAAGUGUAGGGAGGCGUGGCAGUCUGGUGCUUCUGGCUUGGGCCUAGCAAACCUUGUUGAGUAUUAAGUGCAAUGAGCAAUUAUUUAAGAGCUUAUCUCGUCCACCUGCACCAGCCCAUGGCUUCCAGCACUGCCUUCCUUCUGUCCACAGUGUAGCCAGCCCAUUUGGUGCUGAGGACUUGCGGUGGGCACAAUGGGAGGUAGAUGUUUGGUCUGUUUACCAGACCAGAGUCUUAACCCUUUAUCAUCUUUCUUCUGCCCGUGUCCCUGUUCCCACACAUACCCCAGACACAACAACAGGUGGUCUGGACAUCCCAGCUGCUUCCCAUAAAAGUCAUUGCACCCUCUACCAGAUUUAGGGGCCCAAGAGCAGUGCCUGGUGCUGGACCUGUCUGCCAUCCCCCUUCCCUCCUGCAAUUGGUUUGUACUUAUCGGGCUGUGCUCACCUGUGGACCUGAUUAAGGAAAUAAAAGGCCCCUUCCCUCCUGGCCACACGUGUUCCUGCCUCUCCUUGCAGGCUCAGGAGAAAUCCAGGGUGACCCCAGGGCAGAGGCAGAGGUGGGAUUCUGGAGCCACCUUGGUCUGUGGUGGCCUACUCCCAAGCCAGACCAGUGCCACUCAUGGAGCCUUGGCAGUUGAGAUAGGUCUGGAGAUAAGGAAGACAGAGCUCCCCCACCCCCUUUUAUAUUGAGGCUAGUGGAGUUUGCAGCCCACUAUCUCUCCCUCUCUUCUACCCUCGUUCCCCCCCCCCCGCUUCCUCCCUCCCCAACCCUUUUCAAACCUUUGAUUUUAGUCUCUCCAAAGGUGACUUUUUGAUCAAAAUUUGGCAGCAUUUUCUCUGUCCUUCCACCCUUUAUGAGCACAGGAAACUUGAGUACACUGGGAGUACCACCUUAGAUGCCUGCUUGGCCCCUGCCUACACACCUGAGCUAAAUCUUAUGCUUUGUGGCAGGUAUAGGGCAGUCAUGCAGAUGAGCAAGAAACCAAAGACCCCUUCCCCUCCUCCUCUUCUUCCUCCUCCUCCUCUGAACAUUUUUCAUGACCAGAUACAUUUUCUGCAGGAGUUAAGCGGUCUGGGGAGGUACGGGUAGCGGGGGUGGCUUUGCUGAUGUCAGCCACCCAGGAAGUCAAGAGAGGGAACCAGAUGGAAACAUCACCAAAACGAGCUGGGGAGAACUAUGAAGUAGAUCCUUCUAGGACAGAGCUGCCUGCCCUCCAACAGAGGCAAGGCAAUGAAAGUGAAGUUAUAUUUGUUUGUUGAAACUGAGUCUCACUGCGCAGCCCCGGCUGACCUCCCAUUUCCACUUCUCCUGCCUCAGCCUCCCUAAAGCCGGGAUUCCAGGUGUGAGCCGACACACCCAAUUUGGGGCGAGAGAAAUUUUUUGGUACUCACAUAAUCUGCUCAGCAUUUGAGAAAGCUGUCUUGAUUAGCUCGUGUGGCCUGGGCACAGUCCUUUCAGACCAGGGAUGUCCCAGUGAGGAAUCUGACACUCAGAACAUACACCUUUCCCCUACUGCUGUGUGUCAGUUUCCGUCCUGAGAAGAGUAAAUCACAGUGCCUGUCCUCAGGGAAGGUGAGCAGGAGGGCAGAGGAGGUGCUUCGGAGCUCUGAGCUGAGAAUGCCUUGGGAAGGGAGACUGAAGGACCCUUGAAACAGUAUUUGGAGCUAGGGCAUGGGCAGUUAGCGCGGGGACAUGCACAGGAAAGGAAGCUUACACAAAGGUCCUGAGUCUGAGCGGGAUAAACAGUGCUCAUACCACAGCUGCCUGAGAAACCAGAGGUCACAGCACCACCACUACCACCAGUGCUUCUCGAAGCUUCCACAUGACCCUCGGCUAGGAUUGUAGACUCCAGGUUAUGAAGGGGGCAAUUCCCUUGGUUCCCACUCCCUGAGGCCCAAAAGGCCACCAAAACAUGUCUUCAUUAGGGUUAUACCUAGAAAAUUCCACAAGUUCCUGAGAUGUGUGUGAGCCCACAAAACAAAAUCGUAGUCCACGAGCCUGUCUUGCAGCCACCCUGUGUCCCCUUUGAACCUCCCUUCUGAUUUCCAGCCCUUAGGAUUGCUCUGACUCCUGAAUAAGAGGCAAGGGCAGGAACCAGAGCCCUUGGGAGACUCCCCAUAUGCCCAGACACCACAACAGCAGCCAGUGACCCCCGAACCGCUCCCUUUGCCCUCGAGUCCUCUUGGCAGGCUAUCCCGGUUGUCCUUCCCCCGUCCCAGCCCCCGUGCCUGGUGGCACAGACACUUAGCGAUUUGCUCCUUAAUUGUCCCCCAGCUAGGCUGCGCAGAUGCCGCUCUUUAAUCUCUCCUGAUAAAUGAAUCGCGCCGCUCCUUUAAUCAUAUGUUCAUAUCCAAGCCAAUUUGAAUCAAUUUGGCAGGGAGCAUGUUGCAAGAGAUGCCAUGACUGCUGUUCUCCCCACAGGGCCUCAGAGCCUCAAUGACUUGCAGUCCGCACUCAGCAAGGAGCCCAGGAGGCCCAUCUAGGAAGAGGAGUGCCUAUCUAAAAGGUGGGGACUUUUUAAAGUCAGCCACCUCAUUUGCUUCUUGCACUCCAAGCAGGCUGUGUGGGAAUCGAAGAUGAAUUCCCAAAGGCCUCAGGAGUGGGAGGGACAGGGGAUGAGCUCACAGCCUGCCUUGGUCACUGAAUAAAGGGCCACGUUAUCAUGCCUGGGAGAAAGUGCUGUCUUAAAUCUAACCCUGAUCCCUUCUGUUGCCCUUUCAUUUCCUCGGAGCUGGCUCUCAGGAACUUGGAACACCUCAUCGCCUCUUACACAGCACCACAUGUCAGACCAGACUAUGCUGGUUUGUCCCCACCCACUGCUGGCAGCUGCAACUCUCUUCAUCUUUCCCUAGGCUACCGUCUUCUUUAAACCCUCUAGCCCAGGGACAGCCCUGUACCACGUUCUUAGCUGCCUCCUCCCUGCCUCAGUUGGAGUUCAGACGCAAUGGCAAAAACAAACAGGCUACCUACACUGCAACCUUUGGGAAAAGGGGCCGACUCUUCUGGCCUCGGUUUCCCUGUUUGUAAAGUGAGGUGGUGUUGCUGGCAAGAACUUUUGGUUCCUAAGUUCAGAGCUCAUUGCUGCAGCCACAGCACCCUGAGGUGGCACCCGUGGGGCUGGGAGGCCUGGGUGGUGGGGAAGUUCAUGAUCUGGUGGGGCUUGGCUUCUAUCCAGGCCUCUUUCAUUCCCUGUCCUCUUCCCUUCCCCACUUUGCCAGUGCCGGCAGGGGCUCU